AUGUCCUCCCGCACCCGUCCAGCGAACUGGAAGUUUCUCGCACCACCACCACUCCCCGGACCCACCUUCGCCGCCCAGUCAACCCUUCCGUCGCUGCCCGUGCCCACGCUCACGCACACUUUGCAUGCGCUGAAGGCAUCACUGCGACCCAUCGCGUGGGACGAACAGGAGUAUGCAGCAGCGUUACGCAAGAUCGACGAGUUUGCGACAGGUCCCGCAGAAGAGCUUCAGAACAGGCUAGAGACGCGACAAAAGGAGACCAUUCAUUGGCUUGAGGACUGGUGGGACGACGGCGGAUACCUUAUGUAUCGGGACUCGAUCGUCGUCAAUGUGUCUUAUUACUACGGGUUCAAGGAGCACCCCCCACACCUUCCCCAGACAUCCGUCCAUCGCGCGGCUUCGCUCGUACGCGCCGGAAUGUUGUUCAGACAGCAGGUUAAGCUUGGACAAGUUCCUCCUGACGCAGUGAAGGAGGGACCACUGUGCAUGGACACCUGGCGGUGGAUGUUUGACUGCAGCCGCGUUCCAGGUCCUGGAGCGGACUGGAGCGUAAGCUAUGCGCUGCCCGGUGAGCGCGGGGACUCGGGACACGUCGUGGUUCUGCGACGUGGGCGCGUCUGGCGGCUUGAGCCGUGGCGCAACGGGCAGCUUCUAAGCCUUGCGGCACUGCAGAAGCAGAUCCAGCACAUUUACGACAACACUACGGCCGAAUAUCCUGGUGUAGGCAUCUUGACUGCGUCGAACCGCGAUGUCUGGAAUAAUGACUACAACGAACUUGCCGCUGACCCUCACAACGCCGAGGUUCUCAAAACGAUUCAUGGAGCCGCAUUCGUCGUCUGCCUCGACUCGGAGCCUUACCCAUCCUUCAUGGACCACAGCCGCUCUCUCUGGCAUGGCGCGGUCACCCCUCAGGCGGACGCGCCCGGCGGGGCACUCCUGGGGCUACGGAACCGGUGGAUGGACAAACCGUGCCAGUUCAUCGUCUCCGAAGAUGGAAAGGCCGGCUUGCUCGGAGAACACUCCGUCAUGGACGGCACGCCGACCGUUACGCUGUGCGAUCGCGUCCUCGAUAUCAUCGCCGCGCCAGACUUCGUGCAGCAGUCGGGUGCUAAGGAUGGCGCGCUGCCGACCGCACUUGACUGGAAUGUGUCCCCCGCAACGCAGACUGCCAUUGGUGAGGCUGCGCGAGCUGCCAGAGAGCUGAUUGAGAGCCAGGCGAUGGGCAUAAUCCGCACGUCGUAUGGGAAGGCUGCUAUCAAGGCGUUUGGCGUCUCCCCGGACUCGUGGACCCAGCUCAUCAUCCAGCUCGCAUACGCGCGGCUUCUGCGCGCACGCGGCGAGAGGCGCCAGGGUGGUACGUAUGAGGCUGCUACGACACGCCGGUUCUUCAAGGGUCGUACGGAGGCGAUCCGGGUGGUCAGUGCGGCGUCUGAUGCGUGGGUGGCGAGCAUGGAUGACCCAAAAGUAAGCGUGAGUGAGAAAGGGGAACUGUUCGCACACGCUGUGAAGGUGCACGGGAGCUGGGCGCGCAUGGCUGGCAAGGCGCAUGGCAUAGAUCGCCACUUACUGGGUCUCAAGAAAGUGUUGAAGGAGGGCGAGCCUACACCCGAGAUGUUCACGGACCCUGUCUUCUUGCGCUCGAGCAACUGGGUGCUCAGCACGUCUGCAAUUUUCUCAAAGCAUUUUGGCCCGUACGGCUGGGGCGAGGUCGUAGCGAACGGGUUUGGAGUGGCUUACUUGACCGGCUUCGACGAUUACUUGCAGUUCACCAUUACGUCGCGCACUGAAAUGCCCAACGCGGAAUUCUGCACGGAGGUUGAGCGCGCUGCGAACGAUCUGUACCAGCUGCACCAAGCGUUGGCUGCAGAGAAGGCGUCACACGUCCCCAAGGCGAAGAUGUGA